AUGGAUCAAAAUGCACAACAAACGAGGCACAUUGCUGCCAACCUUGAGCACGGAGCUGAUGGCAGUACAACCCUUCACACCAGUGUUCAGCAUGAGCCUUUGCGUCAUGGUCCAGCGGAGAAAAUACAGGAGGAUGUUGUCGCCAAUUCAGUAGAAGUUAAGGACGUAGGCUGGGACGAUGAUCAGAUACGGCCCGAGGACUAUGCCUUCGAUGGCAUAAAGAACAAAGAUAUCUGGCUUCUCAUCCGAAGGUUCAAUAAACGUGUCUUCCAUCUCAAACAUGCCCCAAAUCACCCAGAAGAUGAGAUGGAUUUCAACGUUGCUGAAGAGGAGCAAUUCUCUCCAAACAAGCUGCGUGCACAAAUCGAAAGACUUUACAUAGGGGCGAUACUUGGCUUUAUUAUGCUCAGGCAACACCUCUCGAGACUCCAGUCCUGGAGGGAACCAAGGCGAACAUCAUGUUUCUGUCUAGUUUACCUCGCUGCAUGGUAUUUGGACGGCCUUAUGCCAACACUGUUGACAGGUUUGAUGGCCAUUUUGCUCUCCCCCAAAAUUCGAAAUGCCUUAUUCCCGCCUUGCCCGCCUGCACUAGUCCAUUACCAAGACGGCCACUUAAUAAAGCCGGCCGCAGGUAUUCUAGGAACGGUCGAUACAGCUACAGGCGCUCCAGAGAGCCUCAAGGGUGAAACCCUGGAGAGGGAAGCCAGCAACUUUGCAACAGGUCUUGUAGCUCUGUCCAUAAAUGUCUUUGUCGACAAGGAUCCGCAGCACGAUGAGUCACAACGAGGAGGCGGAAAGACUGUUAACCUUCCGGAUCCAAGAUCCUUAGCUACCAGGAUAGCAACCGCGAAGGAUAAGGCAGCUGGAAUCGAGAAGCCGUCCUGGGACAAGAGCAAAUCGCCUAUGCAGGAGCUAAUGUGGAGUCAAAUGAGACCCUUGAUGCACUGGGUAUGUCGCUUCUGCGAUGUGUGGGAGAGGAGUGCGAAUCUGCUUGAUCCAACUGCGCCUUUUCCAAGAGACACUGCUCGCCAUCGGAUCGUACAACUAAUCCUCCCGAUUGUGGUAUUGUCGGCUUUCACAUCCUGUUACAUGUUUUACAGAAUUGUUACUUUGUGUAUGGGGAUUGGGUUCUUUGGUAGCAUCUUCUUGAGAAACUCUUAUGGUUGGCUAAAGCAUAAUAUGGAAAGAAUUGUGUUCCGGGGAAUACCGACGGAUUCACAGUUGACUAUAGCCCUUUUACGACAUGGUGAACGAAAUAAGGCCCCUCUAUCACCGCCACCCGAAUCAAAAGGUCCACCUCCUGAAGACCCGCACAUUCUGGAUGACGAUGUCCUGAGUGCAUCAAACGGCGAUCGCCCAGGAGGAGCGCCACCCGAAGAGAUUCGAAAGGCUGUUCAAGAAGAGCCUGGGGUUGUCCAAGACACUGGCGGCGAUGACCAUGAGUACCCUGACCAUGAAACCGGCGGAAAAAGACGCGGCAAGCUUUUGGCCAUCGUCAAGCCUGUUGCCCAGGCAGCAGCAAAGACUGUCAUAGGCGUCAACAAAGUCCGAGCGAAGACUGGAACUGUAUCUGCUAAGAACCGGGUUGGAGCAGCAUCGACCAGGGAGAUACCUACUAUUGCUGGGCCGGUCGAGUUCACAUGUCGGUGGCAGGGCGAGAAGGGUUUUGCAUAUCUCACAACCGAUACUUCAUCCCCUUGUCUUUGUUUUUCUAGAAGAUCUACGGGAGAUUUGGAUGGUUCUGGCUAUCAUGUGAUUCAUCCUAUAUGGAUGAUCCCCGUCAAGGACAUCACUACACUGAACAAGUAUUCUGGGUACGGGGCCAAAGCGAAACUCCUUGCUGGAUGGGCAUUGGAAGCUGAGAUCAUGGAUGGCUUGGAGAUAGUUGAUAGUGGAGGGAAGUCUAGGUUGCUCACAGCGAUGGCUCGUAGAGAUCAGCUGUUCAACCGACUUUGUGCCAUUGGUGAUCAGAAAUGGGAAAUCUGGUAG